AUGGACUACUGGGGGAUUGAUAGGUCGAAAAGCUCAAUUCGCCUGAAGGCGCUGCGCAAAAUUGGUGCGCUGGAUGCCGUUGAGCCUCAGAACGACCUCACGAAGAUGUCUGCGGUCCUCAAGGACUCGGUGAACAACCCCGAAGCCGCCCUGUACCCACGGGAGCUCGAAGUGCUCCUGGCCUUGGUCGACUCGGUCCCGAAAACCAUACACCCCGAGCGGUUCAAGAGCAUGAUUCCACUCUUGCAGUCGUUUUUGAUGCGUCUGCCCCACUUGAACAUUUUGCCCGGACCAGCUGUGCGUCGUAUUGACGGCCCGUCGCCGUGGACCCUGUUGGCUCGCGGCCUGGUCGAAUCUCUGCAGGCUUUACAUGCUAGCGAGGACAACGUGCCGGAAAUGCUACAGGGCCUCCGCGACGCUUGGGAGUCGAACGAACAAAGUGAUGGGGAGUUCCUCAUUUGGUUGUUUGCCCUGCACGGUGCUCUCGAAGGGCUCAAUUCGCGACCCAUUGUCCGAUUGCAGCCCGCCAAAAUGAUUUUUGAGUGGAUUUGUGACUUUUUGAGCGACAGUACACUCUCAGAUAUCGGAACCCGUCUAGAUUCCAUUGAAACAAAGCUCAAUAAGGAUGCAACUUCAGUCGAUGCUGUCCCCGCCUACUUCUUGACCCUGAUUCCUGAAGAUAGCCUUGCAUAUCCUGGUCCUAGCCAACUUAGGUUGAGCAUGAGCCGUUUCUUCGCCGAAAUUGCUAUCUAUGCUAGUGGUGGUGAGUCACAGGAUUCUACUGCCAACGACAACGAGUUGCUGGCGGCCGUAGCUAAGCAAUCGGCACACUUUUUGGGCCGUCUGGUGGAAAACAACACCCUGGUUGUAGAUGCACCCCAUUUUGGUCCCGUUGUCAGUCGCAGUGUUCAGUAUAACCACCGUGUUAUUGCCCUCUCUGUUGGUCACAAUGAAUUCGAUGCUUCCGAGGCUUUCCAAAUCGCUUUGGUCGGUAUGGAGCUCGACCAAACCUUGACUGGUGACAGUACAGAAUUCGAGCCUUUACGUCUAGCUCUGGCUUGUUGCCAUGUUGACAGCUCCCGUCUCGCUACUCUCGUCAAAGCUUUGCCAAUGUACUUUGGCUCUUUGUCCCCUUCCUUGGCUGGACGGGCGGCUGACCUUUAUGCUUCUUCGGUUCGUAGCCUGCCACAGUCUUGGUUGAUAUCUGCUGUUUAUGCUCUUGGUAAUAGCUUGACUACUGAGGAGCUCGAGAUGCAUCGUCAUUCAGUCCAGUCUACCGCCUCCAGUGUGUUGUCUGGCCUGGUUGGAAUGGUCAUCUCACAAAGUGAUGUUCAGCUUCGUGCUUUGGCUCUUUCGAUUCUGUCUCAAAAGUUUGGUACAGUUGACGAGACUGUCGAUAUUGAGGUCUUGGUUGCAGUUUCCAAACUGGGACCCCAUCUGCCGGAACGUGAUUUUGAGACUGCUUUGUUCUUGAUUGAGCGUGCUUCUGGACGCAAGUCGGCUGAUGUCAAGAAGUGGCUUGCUGUUAUCCGUCGCGCUAGGAUCAUUAUCUCUCGUGAGCUUUAUAGUAGCCACCCCAGCUACAAGGUUUAUUUGGAGCACCUUUUAGGCUUGAUGAUUUCCGUUGGUGAAGCAAGUAACUCAACAAUUUCGUUCGGGGCCUCUGCUGCUUUGAGCUCGACACUGUCUGGCGCUACUGGGUUGUCUACAGGUAACCUGCCGCUCAGCCGCAAUGCCACUCGCCAGAGCGCCAACGGUAGUGAGAAACGCAAGGAACGUCCCGAGCGACGUACUGUGCUUUCUCCCCACUUGUCGCCCGCUGAACAAAUUGUGGAAUUUUUGGAGCCCUUGGCUGCUUUACUUCCUCCCAAGACAAGUGCUCCUCUUGAAGUCACAGAUUGGUCGUUGAUCUCACGUUUCAGAGACGCCUGGUUUAACAUGGCCGUUUUAGGUUAUAAUGUUGACUAUAAAUGGACGAAAGAGCAGAGUCGUCACUUGGAGACAAUUGCUUGGUCUACACCGCCUCUUGUAACCGAGCUUUCGGUCAACAAUGUAGAAAGUGACUUGGAUCUUAAUCCUGUUCUUCGUCGUGGCUCCAAGGGACACCAUGGCCGCGAAAAGCAGCACAGAGUAGUUGCUGGUCUUUUCAAGGCUACAACGAACAUCGACAUCAAACCGACCUAUGUCCGUAUCAUGUUUUUGGCUACAAGUAACAUGGUUGAGCGUUUCAGAGCUCGUGCAGGUGCUAUCUCAAAGUCUCUUCUCUACUUUGGUGAUCCUGACCUUCGCGAUGGUGAGGGCUUCAAGGGAAUGUACUCGAUUGCUGCAGGCUGCGCUAACGCCUAUAUCAGUGAUGUUAAAACAGGCCGUAAAGGUGCAGCGUUUGGUCUUGAAAAAGCAGCUGAGCAGCUUAAAGAAAUUCUCGUUUUGUGCUGUCACCGCGUGGACACAAUCCGUGAUGUUGCCUUCGACAUGGCCGAUCUUGUAAUUUCUCGAAUUCCAGCUGCUUUGUGUACUCAAACAGCCAUGUUUGCCUUGCUCGACCUUCUGAGUAUGAUGCACCUGUCUUGUGUGAAUGCAGAAAGUGACGAGUAUGAGCCUUGUCACACGUAUGUUGGAGAAAAGUCAGGCGUCACGGUUGCUCUUGGCGACUCGUACAGUAUCCGUCGACAUACGCUUGACCGUUUACUCGAUAGCGCUCGUACUUGGACUUCCCGAAUCACUUCGACGAUGGGUCCAAACCUCAAAGCAAUUCUCGGAUUUUAUCUCGAAGACGGUGACAAGCAAGCUGAUGAGGAGGUCGCUCUCGGUCGCUCAUUUGCGUUGCAGAUUGGUGGUGCAUCCUCGCAAAAUGGUAGCUUAUUUGAGAAGCCACAGUCACUGUAUCGCUUGGACGGUGUUUCCGGUUUCUUGUCAAACUACCUUAGUAUCUCUGCUUUACGUCUGCAGACUCGUGAACAUAGUGUCCGCGUGAGCUAUGAGGAAGUGAGAGCAGAGAUAGACCGGCUUUUGUCUCUCAAGAAUCCCCGUCCGGACUCGGUCACUCUUAGCGAGAUUCGAACUCUUUACAUGCAUGCCUCAGCAUACCUGGUGGACUGCUCCCCUCAAGCUAUGGGAAUAGCAAAGGACGUUGUUCAUCUUGCGUUCCGAUUCUUUGACGGCAAAAUUAUGGCGUACUGUAUCAAUUACUGGCUGUGGAUUGUGAACCAGACCCCGAGCUUGCGUUUGAUUGUUUUACAGGCUAUUGCUGAGCACUGGAGUCGAUCAAUCGCUCGUAAGAUUGGCCUGUUCUCCCGCAAGUAUGACCAAAAAGAUCCCAUGGUUGCUCACAUGGAAUACAAGCCAUCGUCUAAGCGGGCUACUACUCAUGAGAUUCGUCAUAUUGAGAAACUGUACGCACCCCAUGUUUUGCUCACCAACUUUUUGAUUUCCAUGACCCACUCUUCUCUCUUGAUCAAUGAGGAGCAUAUUAACGUGUUGGCUCGUAUCAUUGCUGAUGCGAUGUAUGGUUUAGCCCAUUACGCAUCGCUUCACUCCUUGGCCCGGGGCCCCCGUCUUGCUUUAGUCCGUCUAGCUAUGGACUUUAUUGUACCAUACAGCCAUCGUGCGCCAACUGUUGCAGCGGGCAUGCGCAGCCUUGUGACCGCUGGUAUUCUCGCUUGGUUCAAACAGCCGGUGCAGUGGCCUUUUGGGGGCAACACUAUUCAGCUACGUCAGGACAUCGCUUUGCUGGAGGGCAUUCUCGAGCGUGCGCGUAAAGUUCCCACCAGUCCCGCUUCGGAUAUUUGCCAGUCCCUGCUCGCUGACGAGCUCAACAAGCUCCAGGUUUGGAAUGACCCUCUCGGAAACACCAAGGCAGGACACGCUAAAAUCAGCUUUAGCGUCAAUGAUGUUAUCAAGGCAUGGAAUGUCGACCCCCAGAUUGCUGUUGCUCUCGUAACUCGGCAUGCUGACGUUGCCGCUGAGAAGAAACUUGUCGAGCUUAUUGAAGAUAAUCCUUUGGCAGUGUAUGACUCCCCUGCCGCGCUUACCUACCUACUCCAAGCUUCGCCCACCAGUAAGCGGGCAUGGCAAGUCAUAUACUGGACACCGGUCUCAGAGAUCAUGUGUAUCAACUUGUUUUCUCCUCAAUAUGGUGGAGGUUCUUAUCUUCUGCAGUACAGUGUUCGUGCUCUUGAGUCUCACCCUGUCACUGACUGUUUCUUUUAUGUACCUCAGAUUGUGCAGGCGUUGCGUCACGAUAGCGGUGGAUUCGUUGCCGAAUACAUUUUGGAAGCUGCAAAGUUCUCUCAGCUGUUUGCCCACCAGAUCAUUUGGAACAUUUUGGCCAAUUCGUACAAGGACGAUGAGGGCGAGGUUCCAGAUGGCAUUAAGCCCAUUGUUGAUCGAGUUCUCGAGAAAAUGAUGGAAGAGUUCACCGACAAGGAGCGAGACUUUUAUGACACUGAGUUUAACUUUUUCAACGAAGUUACCUCUAUCUCUGGCAAACUGAAGCCUUAUAUCAAGAAAUCCAAAGCUGAGAAGAAGGCCAAGAUUGAUGAAGAGAUGGCGCAGAUUGUUGUUCCGGAAGGUGUUUAUCUGCCCAGUAACCCUCAUGGUACUGUUGUCGAUAUUGAUCGGGAGAGUGGUCGUCCUUUGCAGUCUCAUGCCAAGGCACCCUUUUUGGCCAAAUUCAAGAUCCACAAGGAUCAAGAGAGCGGUGAAGACACGGAUAGCGAUAGCGAUGAGCCCAAAGCAGUUGAAGUUUGGCAAGGUGCUAUUUUCAAGGUAGGCGAUGACUGCCGGCAAGAUGUAUUGGUGCUUCAGAUCAUUUCAGUGUUCCGUUCUAUAUUUGCCUACUCUGGCCUUGAUCUCUAUGUGUUUCCCUACAAGGUCACGGCGACUGCGCCGGGCUGUGGUGUAAUUGAUGUUUUGCCCAACUCCACUUCUCGUGAUAUGUUGGGCCGUGAGGCCGUUAAUGGCUUGUACGAAUGGUACAUUUCCAAACAUGGUAAUGAGGACAGUAUCGAUUUCCAACGGGCCCGCAACAACUUUGUCAAGUCUCUUGCUGCUUACUCGGUUAUUUCGUAUCUGCUUCAGUUCAAGGACCGCCAUAAUGGUAACAUCAUGUACGAUGAUGACGGACACGUUAUCCACAUCGAUUUCGGCUUCUGCUUUGAAAUUGUUCCUGGCGGUGUCAAGUUCGAAGCCGUUCCUUUCAAGCUUACCAAGGAAAUGGUCGCAGUUAUGGGUGGAAACACAAAUACUCAGGCUUACCGCUGGUUUGAGGAGCUGUGCGUGAAGGCGUUCUUGUCCUGCCGCGUCUAUGCUGAGGACAUUUGCCGCAUGGUGGCACCUAUGCUUGAGAGUGGUUUGCCCUGCUUCAAGGGCGACACCAUCAGGAAGCUGCGCAACCGGUUUGUCCUUAACAAGAGUGAGCGCGAAGCUGCCAACUUCAUGCGCGGCCUCAUCUCGCGAUCGUAUGAGUCGAACUUCACCAAGGGCUACGAUGAAUUCCAGCGGCUCACCAAUGGUAUUCCGUACUAG